AUGCCACCAACACUGUGAAGAAGAACACCGGAAUGACUGUCUAUGACAAUCUAUCUUAAUCCACACUUGGUUCUCAUAGCUACAAGUUCUGUUACUGUUAACGCCCCAGACAGAUUUUUGUGAUCCCAGCCCUGUGGCACUCCUGCGCGGAGCUCCUCCCAACUAAUAGUCAUCAAUUCGUUGCAGCUUUAGUCUCGAAUUCAUAGUCAUAACCACUCCUUAAAAUGAACCGGCUAUUCGGCGCAAAGAGCGCUGCUCCCAAGCCCAGCCUCGACGGCGCCAUACAAAAUGUUGAAGCCCGCGUCUCCAACCUAGACGUCAAGCUCGCUGCACUCAACGCGGAAUUAUCCACCUACCAGUCCAAACUCUCCAAGAUGCGCGACGGCCCGGGCAAAUCUGCCCUCCGUCAGAAAGCCCUCAAGGUCCUCCAGCGACGCAAGCAAUAUGAAGCCCAGCGAGAUCAAUUAACCCAGCAAUCCUGGAAUAUGGAGCAAGCGGGCAUGAUGCAGGAUAAUCUACGGAAUGUGAUGACCACAGUGGAUGCGAUGAAGACGACUACGAAGACGCUGAGACAACAGUAUGGCAAGAUCGAUGUUGAUAAGAUCGAGCGUCUGCAGGAUGAGAUGCAGGAUUUGAUGGAUAUUGGGAAUGAGAUACAGGAUAGUAUCAGCCGUUCGUAUGAUAUACCGGAAGAUGUGGAUGAGGCAGAGUUAGACGCCGAGCUGGAAAUGUUAAAUGAAGAAGUAAUGCUUUCUCCCGAAGAAGGGUUGCCGUCAUUCAUGCAGGACGAAGUUGCCCCACCGUCAUUCAUCGACGAACCACCAGAACAGAACAAGGUUAAAGAGGCGGCAGGUGGAAUUGAAUGAUAUCCAAUUUGCACUUAUUUCAUUUCUCCCCACUGAACCUUUUGGUGCUUUAGGGGCUUUCUAUUUACCCCCCAGAUCCAAGCCUAUUUAAAUUAUGAAGAAAAGCAUAAAGCCAGUCAAUUUUAGCUAACUACCCGGUGUCUUUGAGAAUGCCUUUCUUUGCCUAAACUGUCUCAACAGCACUAAUAUGGAUAACCCGUCCAUAUUCUUAAGCUAUUACUCUGUACUUGUUUACCUGGCGAAACAAAUUGAAAGACAGCAAGCUGAAAGGGAAACAUAACACUUUGUCGAAUUGCAUCUUAUUAAUGCAGGUAAAACAUGUUUUGUCAAAUUUAAGAGCUAUCUAUGACAGGUGAAAAGUAUAACCCGCCACAAAAGCAUGGUGAGAAAAUGCUCACCAUAAGCAGCAGAUGCUCAUGCUUUGCCCAUACCCACAAGGACGAGCAGUGCAAUGUUCAAAACAGUGAUGGCAAUCCAGAUCAAGACACCUAGAAUGGUCACCAACCAAUUAUUCUUCAUAGACACACCCUUAACUUCCUGGCCCUCAGGAUUAGAAUUUCCAGUCAUUAACCCCGCCUCCACUGUCAUAUACCGGGAGCGCGACGUAAAAUAAAUAAGUGGGGCAGAGACGAAAGGAAGCAUCGCGCUCAAAACAACUUGUGAUGCAGUUAGAGCAGCGUUUAAACCCUCUUUGCCCACAGCAGCCGCAAUGAUGACACUAGGAAUGAUGCUGAUGGAUCGAGUGAUCAAUCUCCGGAGCCAGGGCGCUACGCUCCAGUUAAGCAUCCCCUCGCUAACCAUUUGCCCGGCAAUAGUGCAGACGAUUCCUGCGGAAAUUCCAGACAAAAGCAGGGCGAUUGCGAAGACAGUACCGGCAGCAGGCGAGAUGGUCUCGGAAAGAAGCCUGUGGAUUCCAAACAGGUCUGCAUCACUGGCCUCGGAACCAGAGAGCGAUGCUCCGGCAACAAUAAGGAUGCUGCUGUUCACGAAUAGGGCAAAUGUGAAGAGUGAAAGGACCAGUUCGAGUACCGAGUACUUGAGGCAUCCGCGUAUCGCGUGAACUGUAGGCCGAUAUUUAUCCUCAUAGGUAUUGCCAUAUUGCACUGAUGGAUCGAUGUACCCGCGAUUAAUAUCAUACUCUCUGAGGCGGGAUUGUACAACUCCACUUCCCAAAAAGAUGGAGUGAGGCAUAACAGUGGCACCGAGAAUGCCACAGCUUAAG